AUGGCCGAAGUAUCAUUGGUCGCAACUGCACUGACGAUAGUUGUCGGCUACCUGAGUUAUAUUGUUGUUGCACGACUUCUUCUCAGUCCUCUGGCCCGAUUCCCCGGUCCUAAGCUGGCUGCCUUGAGCAAUUGGUAUGAGUUCUACUUUGAUGUUCUGCAGCAGGGCCAAUUCACGGCACAUAUUCAAAAGCUGCAUGAUAAAUACGGACCAAUUAUUCGGAUCACUCCCACGGAGCUACAUGUAAAUGAUCCUGAUUUCUUUGACAUUUUAUACGCUCGCGAUGGGCGCCGACACAAGUAUUCCUAUUUCUCUGGUCGAUUUGGCUAUGCAAGCGAUACCUUCUCAACAUGGCAACACGAACUCCACCAUCAACGCAGAAAGGCGAUUAGCCCGUUCUUUUCCGACAGAAGCAUUAAGGAGUUUGAGCUUGUGAUUAGGGCAAAGGUCGACAAAUUAUGUACGAAGCUCUCGUCAUAUGUUGAUGAUGGCCGCAUAGUACACCUAAAUAGAGCUUGGAUGGCUCUGACUACAGAUGUCAUCACCGAAUACGCAUUUGCGAGGUCGUAUGAUCAACUGGACUCUCCAGAUUUUCAGGAGACCUUGCAUGAUGCUUUGGUGGCCAUCUAUACCACGGGCCACUUUGCUCUUCAUUUCCCUAUCGUAUUUCCAAUCUUGGACGCGCUUCCAGACUGGUUAGUGAGCAAGAUGGAGCCGCGUUUAUUACCAGUACUUGGCCUGAGUAAGGACCUCGGUCAAAAGGUCGGGGAGAUUCGUACUGGACUAAACAACCAACACCAAGACACCAAACAUGCAACAAUCUUCCACGAGUUACUGAACAGUAAUCUCCCUGAAGAGGAGAAAUCUAAUGCACGACUAGGUCACGAAGCACAGUUGAUAGUGGCAGCCGGCUUGAUUACUACUUCAUGGGCCUUGGCUGUGGCCAGCUUCCACAUCAUCAGCAACCCUGAUGUGAGCAGGAAUCUGAGACGUGAACUAACUUCUGCAAAUUUCUCAGUUGAAAAUGCCGAUUGGCAUGACCUUGAAAGGCUUCCAUAUCUUCAUGGAUGUGUCCGCGAAGGAAUCCGACUUGCCCAUGGAGUGACUACAAGAAAUCCACGUCUGACGCCAGACAACGACUUGAAAUAUGACGAUUGGGUCAUUCCACGAAAUACUCCCGUUUCAAUGACCAAUGUCGACAUAUUGAUGAACAAAGACAUAUACCCAGAUCCGGAAAAAUUCACACCGGAGCGAUGGAUUAACAAUCAAGGCCUGGAUCACUACUUUGUACCAUUUGGUAGAGGGUCUCGAAUGUGUCUGGGUGUAAAUCUAGCUCAGGCCGAGCUAUACCACGCUAUUGCAACAAUUUUCACUCGCUUUGAGUUUGAGUUGCAUGAUACAGAUUUGUCUGAUGUGCAGAUGAAACAUGCCUAUCUUGUACCCUAUCCGAAGUGGGACACAAAGGGAGUGCGAGUGAGAGCCAAGUUAUCAAAUUGUGAUUGA